CCUCCAAUAUUUGAAACAAGAGCACUUUUCACAGGUUUCAAGCUGCAAAAUGAAGUUUCUUCUCUUUGUUGCAUUUGUAGCAACUAUCUCCACUGUCAAUGGAGGCAAGACGGCGAGGCUGUUGGCAGCUAUGAAUGCAGGAAUGCUCAAUGGAAUGAUAGGUGGAGGUCUAAACCCAGCUUUGAUGGCUGGUGGUGGAGUAGGUUUGAUUGGGCAGGCCCCAUUUGCUCAGUUUGUACCUGGAGUUCCCGCCUUAGCUCUUCGAGCUCCUGUCCCUAAUGUGUUCCCUGCAGCAGCAGUCAAUGCAGUUAGUUUAACACAUAUUCUUCCUUUCAUGGGAGCUCCACAAAUGGCCCAGAUGAAUCCUCCUCAGCAACCUCAGAUGCUUCCUUUCAUGGGUGCUCCACAAAUGGCCCAGAUGAAUCCUCCUCAGCAACCUCAGAUGCUUCCUUUCAUGGGUGCUCCACAAAUGGCUCAGAUGAAUCCUCCUCAGCAACCUCAGAUGCUUCCUUUCAUGGGUGCUCCACAAAUGGCCCAAAUGAAUCCUCCUCAGCAACCUCAGAUGGGGAUGGCAGGUGGUGCUGUGCAACAGCAACCUCCAGUUCAGCCUGAUCCACUCAGGAGAUUCAGGCGCCAGACUCUGAAAUCUGAAAACACCCUGAAGACUACUGUGAACACUCAGAUUCCAGCUCCUGAGUCAACAACAGUACCCCCAUGUAACGAAGACAAUAAUCAUCUGAAUUAUUAACAUCAUGCAGUUAAAAUAUCUCAAUCAUGACAUCCGUGAUUUAUUUCUGUAUCCACAACACGAUGGCGCAUGCUACACUUUAUGCUUGUGUUUUAAGAGCUGCUACAGCUGAAAUGAAAUCAGUGAAUUCAUGAUGGCCUUCUAAUAAAUAAAUUCUACUC